GGAGAGACCGCGGUGCUGAGAGGGGCCGGCAGAGCUGAGAGGGGCCGAGCGGCCGGGCGGAGCUGAGUGGGGCCGCGCACGUACACACACACACACCGCGGCUCCAUGGACAACACGCGCGAUGUGACUGAGCACUCUCCACGGUCAGAAAGGAAGAGGAGGGAUUCAUUUGGGAUGUUUGACGGCUACGACAGCUGCAGUGAGGACACCAGCAGCAGCUCCACUUCUGAUGAGAGUGAAGAUGAAGUAACCUCACUACCGGCUAGCCUUCCACUUAUCAAAACUAAUGGACAAGUCUACACGUAUCCAGAUGGCAAAUCUGGAAUGGCCACCUGUGAGAUGUGUGGGAUGGUUGGAGUGAGAGAUGCUUUUUAUUCCAAGACCAAAAGAUUCUGCAGUGUUUCCUGCUCCAGAAGCUACUCGUCCAAUUCAAAAAAAGCCAGCAUUUUAGCACGACUUCAGGGAAAACCUCCAACAAAAAAGGCGAAGGUUUUACAGAAACAGCCUCUAGUGGCUAAACUCGCAGCCUAUGCACAGUACCAGGCAAGCCUACAGCAGAACCAGACCAAGAGUAAAGCAGCAGUCACAGUGGAAGGAUUUGAUUGGGGUCACUAUGUUUGGAGCAACAAAUUUGUGGGAGCUCCUGUAAGCUGUUUCAAACAUGUACCUAUGGGAACUCACUGGGGAGAUGUAGCGGAAGGUGUGAGAGUGGAGGUCCCUAACACUGAUUGCAACUUGCCAACUAAAGUCUUCUGGAUUGCUGGCAUCAUCAAGUUAGCAGGUUAUAAGGCCUUGCUUCGAUACGAAGGCUUUGACAAUGAUUCUAGCCUGGACUUUUGGUGUAACGUAUGUGGUUCUGACGUCCAUUCAGUUGGCUGGUGUGCAACAAGUGGCAAACCUUUAGUAACUCCUCGCACUAUCCAACAUAAAUAUGCAAACUGGAAAGCUUUCCUUGUGAAAAGAUUAACUGGUGCAAAGACUCUUCCUCCUGACUUCUGUUCGCAGGUUGUCGAGAGCAUGCAGUAUCCUUUCAAAACUGCCAUGCGUGUAGAGGUGGUGGAUAAGACGCACCUCUGCCGAACCAGAAUAGCAGUUGUUGAAAGCAUAGUGGGCGGUCGUUUGCGGCUGAUUUAUGAGGAGUGUGAGGAUGGGACAGAUGAUUUCUGGUGUCACAUGUUGAGCCCCCUCAUUCACCCAACUGGUUGGUCACGAAGUAUUGGACAUAGAUUCAAACGAUCAGAUGGUUCAAAGAAACAAGAAGGCCACUGUGAUGCUUCUGCACAGUUAUUUGCAAAGGUAAGAGAUGUUGACCAAAGCGGAGAGUGGUUCCAGGAAGCGAUGAAACUGGAAGCAAUUGACCCUCUGAAUCUUUCUGCCAUCUGUGUAGCAACUGUCAGAAAGGUGUUGGCAGAGGGCUACCUGAUGAUUGGGAUCGAUGGCUCGGAGGCAGCAGAUGGCUCUGACUGGUUUUGCUAUCAUUCCACAUCCCCGUCAAUCUUUCCCGUAGGAUUCUGUGAAAUUAACAAAAUUGAGCUGACGCCACCCCGAGGUUACUCCAAAAUACCUUUCAAAUGGUUUGACUACCUGAGGGAAACUGGAUCUGUUGCAGCACCAGUCAAGCUGUUCAACAAGGAAGUUCCAAACCAUGGUUUCCGUGUGGGCAUGAAGCUGGAAGCGGUGGAUCUGAUGGAGCCACGGCUGGUGUGCGUGGCCACCGUGACGCGCAUUGUCCACCGGCUCCUCAGGAUUCACUUUGACGGCUGGGAGGAUGAGUACGACCAGUGGGUCGACUGUGAAUCUCCAGAUCUCUACCCAGUCGGCUGGUGUGAACUGACAGGCUAUCAGCUUCAACCCCCAGCAUCCCAGUCCUCCAGAGAGAAUCAAACCAGUGUGAUGAAGAAGAAGAAAGCAAAGUCCAGCCAGUACAAGGGACACAAAAAAACCAGCAGCAGUAAACACCGAGACAUCAUCAUCUGGUGACCAAGGCCUGGUGCCAUCUCUCCACAGCGUUUACUGUCCACAAUCAGUGAGUACAAAGUGAAUUUUCUGGAUGUCGCCGAGUUGUGACUCUGAGCCGGAACACGAGGUGACAUGAGGCAGCUAACGCCGCUACCUCGAGGAACAGUACGGCCUCAGCUUGUAUCAAGCAAGAACCCUUGACCGAAGGACCUGCUCCCUUUCAACUAGCUGGCUUCCCACAGAAGUUCAUGCAGUGUGUGGCUGUGAGACAGUUCCGGUCAUUUCACUGUAAACUUGGACAAUUGAGGUUCUUGGAGGCUGAUCAAAAACUGUCGACUCUUUCAUCUUGGGUUUUCUUGUAUAUUGUACUUGAAGCUUUGUUGCCUGGUGGGGUGGGGUGGGUAGGAAGAGAGUGCGUCUGAUCUCAUUAUUUAACAAUGUGAAAUACUCAGCUACAUAUCCAGGUGGGAGUCCUGAGGCUUCCAUCAAUGCCAUCCACAGACAUGAUCAACACGUUUUCAUUUGGGAUUGAACUUGGUUAUUAUGGUUUUUAAGUAUGAACUUCAAAAACAGGAAGAAACCUCCCGGCCUGUUUGCAAUGGCCCUCUGGACCAGCCGUCUCUCAGGGAGUUGCUGUGUGUGUGUGUGUAUGUAUGCCUGUCUUUCUGUGUGUGUGUGUGCGUGUGUGUAUGUCUGUAAGUGUGUGUACAUGUCUGUCUUUGUGUAUCUGUAUGUGUGCCUGUCUGUCUGCGUGUGUGAUCCUCUGAGCCAGUGGUGUGUGGUAGGGGACAGACUGGGCACUGCAAGAAUGAAUCUGACUGACAUUUGUUAACUGGUUCCUUAUUCUGGCGUGGGUUCCCGAGUCUCUGUAUGUACUCGCUUGCUCUGUACAGGCUCUGUAUGCUUAUCUAAGUUUUUGAAUGCUGUUUAAUUUAACGCUAAUGAGUUUCUGAACUGAGUCCAGACACGGUGCUAAAAGGGGUGUCUCCAAUGGCACAAUCAAGGUGCAUGAUGCCGGCCAGCGGAGGCCCAAGUUGUGACUUAUUGUGUGCUUGGAUUGGGUUGAAGAUCAGCCACGCUCGUUGAGAGGGCAGCCUUUCCACAAUGGUGGCCUCGGGAGGAGAUGUGGUUGGUGGAUCUUCAGACUUUGUUUCCAGGGAAUUGGCCAAUGUUCAGCCUGGAGCUGGAGCUUGGUGAUCUGGUGAGCUGGGGCCGUGCAGCGAUGGCCAGUGAUCCACACCCCUCUAUAAGCAUCAAAGUCAUAAACUGUGAAGGGAAUGAAUCCUGUUGUCACUUCACCAGAGCCGUGCGUCACCUGAUCUCAGUCAUCGUGACAUCCGGCAGAAUAUAGACCGUGAGUAUCGUUGGGAAAAUAGAACGGUGCGCCAUGGUUUUUUAAAAAGCUCCCUCAUCUCCCUCUACCUUCAUCUUUCGGGCUGGUUCUGUUCUGGGAUUCGCGUAGUGCAGAUGGGGUGCAUGGAAUCAGCAGAAUGCAGGGUCAGAAUGAAUGUGCCUUCUCACCGCUCCAAGCCAGCACUUUGCUGAGCUCUCCUUGGGAAGCGGAGGAAAGGCACUGGGCUAGUGUGGCAUUCCAGAGUGGGUCACGGUGUGAUGACAGGUUGUAAGCGUCUGCCCAAACCAGUUGCUCAUUACACCUGUAUAUUUUAUGAAUAUAAUCUCCUGCAACGUACCUUUCCCGAUCCACUAGUAAAUCCUGAUUGAUGGAGCCAGCCUGUACCAUCUCAUCUCGCUCACUGUUUCUGACACUGGAUAUAAUCAGCUGUCACUGUUUCCUUAGUUACCUUUCUUUAUCUUGGAGUCGGUAGGCGAGCGCUUGGUUUCAGGAGUGCAGGUUGUGUGAUGUGCAGGCCACUCUGCCUGUUCAAUGUCCGUUAUCUAUCAUCAUCAACCCAGCCUUCCUGAAUCUCCCUCCCUCGGUGAUGCCUGCUCCUUACCCCGAAUGCAAGUGUUCGUUCUAGGGUUGCACAGGCCACCCAGGCAGCACAAACAGUGUCGGUCGUUUUUUACACAAUGUCAGUUCACCCUGAUUUUUUGUAACACGGUGCUACAUGAAUCUUUAAUAUGAAUCAUCUUUUUCUUAACGAAAGGGGGUGGGGGUGGGUGGGAGAGAUUUUGAGAAACUGUGAUUUGAUUCAGGAAACCUUUUGAUUCUCUUCCUGUUGUAGAAUCACACAAAUUUUGAUACAAUUGUAAAAGGGGAAAAAAAAUAAAAAAUGUUCCUAGUUCCUAGAAGAUCUUUUGCUGCUCCCGAGAAGUUGAAAGGGGCAGUGAUGUAGCUAAUGGUGGGAUUUAUACAUGUUUUCUCUAUGUAUUUUGAUAAUCUGAACCGGUUAUUGUACAAAUGUAAUCUUUCCUUUUUACUUGGUACAGUGACUGUUGACAAGUUGUCGAGUUUUUUGGCACCUAUGUCCAAACAGAACAUUUUUUCCCCAGAGGAAUACUUUUCACUAAAACAUUAAAUGCAUUAGUCACAGAUAUGUGUACAAACAAAUGAAAAUUGUUCACUAAAUGGCCAUUUUUUACACUUAAUAAAACUUUUAAAUGCUUAA